GGAGGAAGAGGAGAAGGCGGUGCCUCCCGGCGCUUUCUCCAAAUAAGUCCCGAAAAGGGGCACUUUCCAGCUGCUGUGGCCAGCGGUGCCGACGUCAGGCCCUCCCCCAGCGGUGCUGACGUCGGCUGCCCGGCCGGGUGACCUCAUCGCCCCUACAGCGGCCGGGCUGGGGGCGGGGAGAGGCGGGGGCGGCCCCGGCGCAGGCAAAGGCUCGGGGGCCGGGGCGCGGCUGCUGCAGCUCUUGCCGGAGCCGAACUGAGCCGAGCGCCCGCCGCUGUCCGCCGCCCGCUGCGUGCGCCUCCGCGCCAUGGCUGGCCUCAACUCCCUGGAGGCGGUGAAACGCAAGAUCCAGGCCCUGCAGCAGCAGGCGGACGAGGCGGAGGACCGCGCGCAGGGCCUGCAGCGGGAGCUGGACGGCGAGCGCGAGCGGCGCGAGAAAGCCGAAGGUGAUGUGGCAGCUCUCAAUCGACGCAUCCAGCUCGUUGAGGAGGAGUUGGACAGGGCUCAGGAACGACUGGCCACAGCCCUGCAGAAGCUGGAGGAGGCAGAAAAGGCUGCAGAUGAGAGCGAGAGAGGAAUGAAGGUGAUUGAAAACCGAGCCAUGAAAGAUGAGGAGAAGAUGGAGAUUCAGGAGAUGCAGCUCAAAGAAGCCAAGCACAUUGCUGAGGAGGCUGACCGCAAAUACGAGGAGGUAGCUCGUAAGUUGGUCAUCCUGGAGGGCGAGCUGGAGAGGGCAGAGGAGCGUGCUGAAGUGUCUGAACUAAAAUGUGGUGACCUGGAAGAAGAACUCAAGAAUGUCACUAACAAUCUGAAGUCGCUAGAGGCUGCAUCUGAAAAGUAUUCUGAAAAGGAGGAUAAAUAUGAAGAAGAAAUUAAACUUCUGUCUGACAAACUGAAAGAGGCUGAGACCCGUGCCGAAUUUGCAGAGAGAACAGUUGCAAAACUGGAAAAGACAAUUGACGACCUGGAAGAAAAACUUGCCCAGGCCAAAGAAGAGAACGUGGGCUUACAUCAGACACUGGAUCAGACACUAAACGAACUAAACUGUAUAUAACCAAAACAGAAGAGUCUUGUUCCAACAGAAACUCCAGAGCUCCGUGUCUUUCUCUUCUCUUGUAAGAAGUUUCUUUUGUUAUUGCCUCUUUGCUUUGCUGGAAAUGUCAAGCAAAUUAUGAAUACAUGACCAAAUAUUUUGUAUCAGAGAAGCUUUGAGCACCAGUUAAAUCUAUUCCUUCCUUUUUUCAAAUGGCACCAGCUUUUUCAGCUCUUAUUUUUAUCCUUAAAUUGCAUUUAUUCCUAAGGUAGGCAGGGUAUUUCAUACUGAGCAUACUCUCUUGAGACUGAGGGCAUUUGGUUCCUGGGAGAAUAGACAACCCCACACUUUCAAACCACAGAUUCCGAUGUCUAGUCAUGGGUCAAUUUAAAAGACUGAAGAAUAUCCACCAUUGGUCACACUAUAGGAGGCCUGGGACCAUCACAUUAAAAUGGGUGGGGAUUUUCCAUCCAGAGCAAAAAAAGGGAAUAGGGGUGGGGUUACCAUGGGAAGUCACAAACCACAGAGAGGUUAACCUAAUCAUCCUGGCUCUUUUCCACACUCCACUGUGCAGAACAAACAUCCUCUGAGCAGUCAGCAUGAGAAUACUUAGAAAAGAGUCAUAAUGAUUACCCAAAUGUUUUCUGGAUAGAUCCUUGAUAUGCUCUUCUAUAUGUUUCUUUCACUCUAAAGUUGUUCUCUGAGGAGCUGAUGUCUUAUUCCAAUAGUGACCCAUGCUUAUCUGCUCUGAUAUGAGGCCAUCCACUCAGCAGGAAUGAAUGUUGUAGAAUUCAGUCCUAUUCAGAGAAGCCAUAUCAAAAAGACUGCUAGCCGUCAAUAACUGAGUAAGACUGUUUUUCUAUAAACAAAUAUUGGGCAGAAUGGCUCUCUCUGACAGAUAAAAAAGUAAUUGGCCUAACUUCAUCUCCUCUAUACUCCAGGGACUGGCAAAUUAGAGAUGUACUUAUUUGGAAUUUUAAUUCCUUCUUUAGGACCAAGUUAAUAAAAUGACCAAGAAACUCCUGAUUAAACUGGAUAUGGAGUAUUUUGUAGACAGGGCUGCACAUUUUGGCUUUGUUAUAUUUCUGCUUUCUCAGUUAACAUCUCAGAGCCGAAACAUUCCACAUUCCCCAGCAGUGUGGGGGCCAACUCAAGUUUACAAUUCUGACUGAAAAUCACCCUGCUUCUAGCUUAUCCAAAUCCUCUGCCCCUCACUCCUAUUUAUUAAGCAUCACACUACCCAGGAGAUACACUAGCAAAUUGUGCAACUGAAUAAAACCCACACUUUUCAUUUAGAUUCUUGCAACUGUAUCAUAUGUAAUAGUAUCACUUUUUCUACGUUUUGGUCAAAUAAAUUUUUACAUAAACUACAA